AUGUCUUAUAAACGUCGGGAAGCUCAAUCUUCAGAAGCGUCAAACCAAAAUAUAGUAAAUCAAAUGAGAAAUAUAGUGAUAAAAGUUCAUCAAGAAAUACAGAAGUUACAAGAAACGCAAGAGAGAGAAAUUAUCAUGAGUAGAUCUCACACGCCAAUAAUGACUCCAGAUAUCACGUUGCCUACCUCUACUGAGAAACAACAAAGUCGACGCUCAACACCUAUAGUUAAACUGGCUAUAAUUGAAUCUGCCCAAAACUCAAAUAAAAAACUAAGUAGUGAUAAAAAUAAUGAGCUUAGUUUAAAAGUAUUUAACAAUGGAUAUAACGCAAUAUGUGCUGAAUUUUUUCCAACUAACAUGUGGUCAAAAAAAUUAGGACUGCAAUUGGCAAACAAUAAAUAUAAAAACUCAAGGGAUAUUCUAGAAUGGAAGCAAUCUAGGGAAGUAAAAGACAAUUAUAAUAAAUUGUUCACUAAAAGUACCACAAUAGAGAAUAUUACUAGUUCUGCAUUUCUAUCGCUAGAUGAUGCUAGUGAUGAAAGAUUUAGUGAUAUAUACAUUUAUACCGCAUCUGAAGCGAUUGAUAAAAACGGUCAAAUUAAGCUUAGUGAUUCAAUAUUGAUUUUACGUGAAAAAGUGCCUGAUAUUUCUAGUAAAAAGAAAUUUACUGAUGAUAACGAAGAUGAGAAUCAGCCACCCGAAGACGAAAUAAUGUCUAAUGAUAUAAGUUUUAAACAAUAUGAUAAAUUGUUUGAUUAA